CGGCCGCGAGCCUCAAAGCAGGGCGCCGGGGAGGAAGUGGGCGCAGAGCCCGCACCAUGGCGGAGCAGGAGCAGGAGCAGCUGCAGCGAUGCAUCCCAUCGGGGAGGGAGGCCCUGCGCCAGCACCACUGCAACCUCCAACGGGUGGCCGAGUACUGCGAGAGCAGCUACCUGCAGGCGAGCGACCAGCGGCAGGCGCUGGAGGAGACGAUGGCCCUGAGCGUGCAGUCCCUGGCCAGCGUCAGCUACCAGGUGAGCAGCUUGGCCAGCGCUUUCCUGCGGCUGCUGGACCUGCGGGCGGCCGAGCUGCGCAAGGUGGAGGCCGACAUCAGCUGCAUGGCCCAGCGCGUUGAGCUGCACAAGGAGAAGGUUUCCCGCCGGGAGAUCGGCUCUUUGACCGUCAGCAAGAGGUUCCCGUCGUGCCAGAAGGUCGUGGCCCCCCCCAGCCCCCCCUGCCUGGAGCCCUACUGCAGGAAACCCCUCAACUUCAGCGUCCUGGACGACAUCGGCCACGGCGUGAAGGACCGCAGCACCCAGCUCUCCCGCACCGGAACCCUGGCUCGCAAGGGGACCAGGUCAUCGGCGCAGGCUGCGGGCACCCUGGGGAGGAGCGGCCGCGUCCCCGAGCCCGUCCGGCCACCGGUGGUUCCCGAGGGCAAGAUCUCCAUGGCCCCCUCCUCGCUCAUCUCCAUCAGCUCCAGCGGGACCCCCGGUGAAGGCAUCACCCCCCCCCCGCCACCACCACCGCUGCCACCGUCGCUGCCAGGACCGUGCCCCGUGCCCGCCGCUGCCAUCCCAGCACCAGCACCGCUCCCCGGGCACCCGGAGCUGCUCCCGCUGGAGAUCCUGCCCCAAGCCCCCGAUGACCUCGAGCUGCCGCUGCCGUCACCUCCAGCUCUGCCUGACUUUGAGGACGUGGCCCCACUGCCAGCCCCCCCUGCAGAGGACCCCCCCUGGGCCCCGCAGAGCUACAUGGAAAAAGUGGUGGCCCUGUACCCCUACACGCAGCAGCAGGACAACGAGCUCUCCUUCCAGCCCGGUGCCCUCCUCUUCGUCACCCGGCGCCACUCGGACGGCUGGUGCGAGGGUGUCAUGGGCCAGGAAGUGGGAUUCUUCCCUGGCAAUUACGUGGAGCCCUUGUGAGCCCCCUGCAUUCCCACCAGGAAUCAUCUCCCCCUGGAUCAGCUCCUGCUGCACCUCGCCUCGGAAUCUGGCUUUGCUCAGUACCCAGAGCAUC